CAUUGUGUAUGACAGUAUAAACAAAACAUUUGAAAAAUCUAUCAAAGAAGAAUAAUUCAAUAUUUUAGACUAUGCUUGUGGAUGCAGCCAAUGUCUGACCCCAACUAAUCUUCUGUAUCUUUGUUCCCAAGCCAACUGCUCCAUAUGAUGAAAGCCGACGAUUUUUCUCAAUGUGGACAGUAUACAAUUUGGAGGAUUUCAGGAUCAGGAAUUUUUUUUUCUAGCAUUUUAGUUAGAAACAGAGCCAAACAGAGCACAUUGUAAUUUAGCUCUAUUAUUGAUUGUUUCUGAAAUUCUGAAACCCAUAAAAAUCCAGCCUUUUUUUUUGUUUUGCCAUUUCAAUCCAUUGAGAAAGACUCCAUCAUUCAUUCAUCAAAACAUGGUUUCCUCCAAAGUUGUGAGAGUGUUCUUGGCUAUUUUACUUCACAACUAUGCUGUUUCAUCUUCUGAUCCUGAUCCAAUCUCUGAUUUUUGCAUCCCAAAAACAAACGUUUCAUUAGAUCAUGUCCCUUCUUGUAAGAACGCAUCAUUAGUCACUGUUGAAGAUUUUGUGUUUUCCGGCAUCAAAAGCCCUGGAAAUUUCAGGAAAACUGGUUUCUCAUCCACUCCAGUUAACUCAGGUGUCUUUCCUGGAUUAAACACACUUGGGAUGUCCUUUGUCCGGGCUGAUUUCGACGUCGGCGGCGUUAACAUCCCGCAUUAUCAUCCAAGGGCAACUGAGACUGCUUUUGUGGUAGAGGGGAAGAUAUAUUCUGGCUUUGUUGAUACACAGAACAGGAUCUUUGCAAAAGUGAUUGAGAAAGGUGAAGUGAUGGUUUUUCCAAGGGGUCUAAUGCAUUUCCAGAUGAAUGUUGGGGAUUCACCGGCUACCAUAAUUGGGAGUUUUAACAGUCAGAAUCCAGGUUUGGUUAGGAUCCCUUUUGCUGUAUUUGGUUCUGGAAUUAAAGAAGAGCUUUUGAUGAAAGCUUUUGGUUUGAAUUCCAAGGAGCUUGAUAAAUUGAGGAAGCGCUUUGAAAGUAACUGAGACAGACUCUUGCUUACACCAAUCAUGCUGUACCUGAUUUUGCUUCUUUUUUUUUUUUUUCGUAAUAUGUCCUCAUUCAUUACCUUAAGUUCUAGCAACAUUCUGCAGUGUAACUUUUUUUUCUUAGCAUAGGCAUUGUAUUAGUAUUGCAAAUAAAAAUACGAAUCAUUUUGAAACGGAAACAAUAUUACAAAAGUCUUAUUAAUCAUACUUCUGUAUAAAUUGCAUGACAAACUAGUGAAGAUCAACAAUGAAAGAAAAAAAUGGUACGUAUUAGAGCUUUGGAAUCAAAAGGUUGUAUCAAGUUUCAAACCUUAACUACCUCAAUCAACUUAGCUUUGUCAAUGAAAAGCUAAAGAAUAGAUGCUCUUUCUAGAGAGAUCCGAGGGACUAAUUGUUUGAUCUGAUCACUAACUAGUGAUUAUUUUUUAUGUGUUGGAAGUGGGUCGUCUUUU